AUGACAGAUGCAAAUACCUCAUUACCACGUGGACCUCUACUGCACACCAAGAAAGUCAAUAUCCUUCGACACGAUGUUAAGUGGAAAGCAGGCUUUGGUUUCGGAGCUGGCGCCUCUGUUUUUACGGAGUCUUUGUCGAAUCGAGGUGGUCUUGAGAACGGCUCGCAAGCAUUUCCGCAUGUCCCUAGUCAGUUAUUGGCAGAUACACCUGAAUUUCCUGCUACAACACCAAUCUGCUCUGAUGGCUUUAUCUCGAACAAAGCCGAAGCGGUACCUACAGAGAACAAAGAAUGCCAAGUUAAUAGUGUUGCAGAGGAUUGGAAUGUGCACAGCUACAUGAGGGAAUCAGCUUUAGAGUCGCUGCUCAAUAUAACCAUGAUCUCACAAGAAUCGAAUUUCGACCUGAACACACUGAGUGUGCUUUGUAGACCAGAACUUUACCUUGAUUGCAAAAGUCUCUUGAAAGUGGAAAUGGCUACAGACAGCGAUUCCGAUUUUGACUGA